AAUCGGCGGCUACUAUCCGUGCUGUCUAAUGGACAGUCCUCGGGCGGGGAAGACGAAGACCGAAGAUCCAACAGUUCAGUCGACGAGGAGACGCCGCGUUGCGAGGAUCAACAGGUGUGAGCAAACGCCUGUCGUUUAAGAAGCAUGGGGAACUUUUACGUCUGCAGCCUGCUCGUCGCACUCGCUGCGCUGCUCGUUGUAGUGCAAUGUGGCGACAUAAUGCGCAAAAGCAUCGUCUUCGAUAAGAAUACUCCGGAUGUGUUUUAUUGUCCGCAACACAAGCCUAUUGGUUUCGAGAAAAUGCUCGUCAAGGCAAGACCGCUUUCCAGGCUCUGCCAAUUCGAGGGUCGUCCGAUACCCGAGGAUUACAAAAGCGACUGUUACAACGACGUGGACGAGACCGAGUACGCUUGCAAGGAGAAGUACAGAAUCAUGAAGCGAUUCAAUAAUCCGGAUGGGAAUGCGAGAGUCAUUGACGCCGAGAAGUAGAGAAUGAGAAUGAUGCUGCACGACCGCAAUCCAUGCGCACGCAAAUCAUAAAACCCAAAUAGAGUCAAAGCCACACCAUACUAAUGCUCGGGGCUGCUGCUGCAUCGAAGGGAGCUCAACUAUUUACAAAUAAUACUUAUAAUAAAAUAAUAACGGCGACGUAGAUAAAGCAAUUAUUGCCUUAAAUUAAUUAUCCAUUUUUUCAUAUUACGGUAUCAAAUAAUAGUAUUGUAUUACGUCAUAAUGUUCGUCUUUGGAUAAUACAUCAAUAAGCAAGUCACUGCCGCACCGUGUAUUCAAGAUGAAGAAAUGGAUAACAAAAAAUUAACAGACACAAGCAAGACGCUCAUAAAAUAAUGAGAUAUUUUAUAAUAUACAUUUUUCCACUUAUCUUAGGACGCGAAAUGAUAAGGAACAAUAAAGUUUGGUUCUGUAAUGUUUAAGCUUCGUCAAGGGGGAAUUUAUUUGUAUAACAUUAUUAAUAAAACUAACCGCAAAACGGAGCUGGGUGAUUGAUCAUUAAUCCUUUGACGGAGCUUUGGAAUGUAUUAUUGCUUUUAUACGAGAAAUAGAAUUAAUAUAGUUUUUUAUCAGUUAUAUGUUAAUAAGUUAUUAUCAAUCGUAUCGUUAGCAUUUAUUUUGUAAUGUUGCUUAUAGAUGAUUUUAGUUAUGGACAUCAUCUUAAAUAAUGCUUAUACAUGAUUUUAGCUAUGGAUAUCAUCUUAAAAAAUUUAUCUCAUCUAUUUAUGAUAAUAAUCUAAAAAUGACAAAAAAAAAUAUAAUCAUAGAAUUUUAUAAAGUAUUCAUAAAAAAAGACUAAUUUUUCGUGAUGCCUGAACAAAACUAUGGAACUUUUUUAAUAAAUCUGCAAAUAUAUAAUAAAAUAUUUUAUAAAUUUC